CGAUUCUUUUUAUGUCAGUAUCGUGGAUCUCAAUUUUAUGUUAUGCCUCGGCAUACUGAUUAUGAUUUUCAUUCAGAUGAGUAUGAGAAGAAGCAAAGCGGAAGGUAAGAGGAGUUUACGAGAAAUGAGUGAGGAAGAGGAAGAUGAAGAAACGGAAGAUGAAGAUACUUUUGAAGAAGAGGAGGCUUUGGAGAAGAAGCAGAAAGCUAAAGCUACAAGUAGUAGUGGAGUUUGUCAGGUCGAGAGUUGUACCGCGGAUAUGAGCAAAGCCAAACAGUACCACAAACGACACAAAGUCUGCGAGUUUCAUGCCAAAGCUCCUCUUGUUCGGAUCUAUGGUCUUCACCAACGUUUCUGCCAACAAUGCAGCAGGUUUCACCAGCUCAGUGAGUUUGAUGAAGCCAAGCGGAGUUGCAGGAGACGCUUAGCUGGACACAACGAGAGAAGGCGGAAAAGCACAACUGAAUAAAGACGGUGAAAGAUGUGAGAUCCCAAUUUGAAGGUUAAUGAAACAGUCUUUGCUUACUCUCUUCUGUCAGUCUCUAUUAGCUCCUUGUAAUCCUCUGUGUAUCUCUCUGUUUCCAUAUUACCUGCAAUCAAAGCUAUCUGCUAAACCUAUGACAUGAUUAAAUAAAUGCAUUUGGACUAU